GCAUCUGCACAGUUUACCUUUAACUCGUGUUUGGCCGUGAGCAGCGCAGAAGAGACACAUACUUACACAGUUCAUCCUCUCUCAUAUAAAACAUGAGCCACCAGAGCGACACGUGUCAGGAAAAGCUCCAGAAACUCAACCAACAGGUUUCUGUGAUGAGAAAAGAAAUCAAGAACCUAAGGGAGACGCUGGACAGUGCAACAAGAGCCCAUCGCAAACAUAUAGUAUCUUUACAGUCCACUGUGUCAAACAUUGAUCUAAAGGAGCUUUGUAAAGCUCACACCCAAACAAACAUCUCAGCAUCCCCAGUGAGUGCACUGGAACAAGGUGUCAUCCAGACUGUUCCCAUCGGUUACCUCAGCUCCUGUUUCUCUGCAAAGAAUGGGACGCCCAGGCAGCCCACCAUCUGCGGUCCAUCCAGGGCUGAGCUGCGCAUUGAGCACAGAGUCUUCAACAACCCCGAACAUGCUUUGGUGGGACUAGAGCAAUACUCUCAUGUCUGGAUCAUUUUUGUCUUCCAUAAAAACGGUCACCUAUCUGCUAAAGCCAAAGUAAAGCCUCCAAGACUCAAUGGUAAAAAGGUUGGAGUGUACUCAACGCGCAGUCCGCAUCGACCCAAUGCUUUAGGCUUAACGUUAGCUAAGCUGGAUAAAGUGCAAGGUGAUACGGUUUAUCUGUCAGACAUUGACAUGAUUGAUGGGACCCCUGUACUGGACAUCAAACCUUACAUUCCCGAUUACGACUCCAUUCACUCCAGAGCAGAAACUGGAGGGCAGAAUGAAGACUGUCCACAUACAGAACUGACAGAUGUGGAGUUGGAAAAUGAAGAUAUUACAACCGAUACAAAGCGACAGAAAUUAGAAUGUGAUCAUCUUGUUGAUGGAGCAAAUAACAAUGAUCCCUUUACUCAUUUACAAAGUGCACUGGAGGAUGUCAAGGCCUAUGUGAGUCAAAGUGACAUUAGUUUACAAGAGAAGAAUAAGGUUCCCAACUCUGAAAAAAAUCCAUCUGAGUCUUCAUUAGAGAGGCCUUGUUAUGGAGAAGAAGCUUACAGCACCAUAGCCAGUUGGAUCAGGGAUCCCCCUGUUUCGAGUCUGGAGGUGCGCUUCACUACUCAUGCUGAAAAAGAGCUUGCACAAUUUCUUCCAGCAGGAUGUAAUGAAAGGGAGGGACCCAAGUUCAAGUUUCUCCGUAGUACAGAGGAGGCCAUAGCUGCCAUCCGGGGUGUGCUGUCUGCUGACCCGCGCUCUGUGUACAGGAGGGGGCGCUGCACAGACAAACUGUUCUACUUCACACUGGACACGGCUGAUGUCACUUGCUGGUUUGGACAGAAUUUUGCAGAGGUUUUACAAAUUCGACCAGUUCAGCAGCUCACUGAAGUAGCAAAAGACUGACUAGAAGCAACUAAAAUGCCUCGUAAGAGCUCAGAGUGAAAAUGAGCAAAAAAUGUGCUUGUGCCAUAAAAAAAUUCUAAUUAAAAAUGUUAAUUAUGUUGAAAAAAGUUAUCUGAUGAAACUGGAUGGUUUAUUGCAUUUUGCCUCCAAUAAAGAUAUAUUUUUAUG